CCAGGUAACCCCACCUUGGAAAACUCAUCCGCGGAUGCUCUAACUAUGUCCAUUAACCCCCUGCAAUAUGACAGAGACUCUGGCCACGUGUAUGCGGGCACCUUUGAUCCACCUAUCGGCUUAGAUGUAUACGGUGGUGGUUGUGAAAAACACCAACUCCUCUUCGACCCUCACUGUCAUGCGGACCUGGCGUUGCCUGCAAUGACGUACACUUUCCGCUCGUUUUCCUGCAAUCCCAAAAGCAUGCUCUGCGCGGAGGGGAACGCCCAAAGAGUAACGACCAAAGAACCAGUCGCUCUCAUGCGCAGACACCACACCAAGGCCCGCAGUCCUAUCAAACAGUCAGAUACCAGUCUGUCUGCGAUGCGUGUUAGAGAGGACUGA